UUUUUAGGCCUUCCGCUGUUCCGAAAUGUGACCCUAAAGUGUUUGACAGAAAUUGCUGGUGUUGCAGUACCUUCAUAUGAUGAAUCCUACAUUUUGAUGUUCUCACAGACCAUCACAAAAUUAGAAGAGAUGCUGCCACUCGACACAAAUAUUAGAGAAGCUUAUGCUAAUGGCCAAGAUGCAGAACAGCAGUUUAUACAAAACUUAGCUCUCUUUCUCUGCACUUUCCUCAAAGAGAGAGGUUCAUUGGUAGAGAGGAGACAACUCAGUGAUGCCUUACUCAAGGCCCUUCAGUACCUGAUCUUGAUCUCUGAAGUAGAUGAUACAGAAAUCUUUAAAAUUUGUCUUGAGUACUGGAAUGCUCUAGCCUCAGACCUGUACCGAGAAUCCCCGUUCCUACCUCCCACUGGAUCUUCUCCUCUUUAUCUACCAAGACCCACCUCGAGAAGGCAGUUUUAUCAACCAAUUCUCACAAAGGUGAGAGCUCUGAUGAUCAGUCGAAUGGCCAAGCCUGAAGAAGUGUUGGUGGUGGAAAAUGAGCAGGGUGAAGUUGUGAGAGAGUUCAUGCGUGACACUGACUCCAUCAACAUGUACAAGAACAUGCGUGAAACACUUGUAUAUCUCACACAUUUGGAUUAUGCGGAUACUGAACGUAUUAUGACGGAAAAACUAGGCAACCAGGUGAAUGGCAGCGAGUGGUCGUGGCGCAACCUGAACACCCUCUGUUGGGCUGUGGGCUCUAUCAGUGGUGCUAUGCCAGAAGAGGAUGAGAAGCGAUUCUUGGUUAUUGUUAUCAAAGAUCUCUUGGGUCUCUGUGAGCAAAAGAGAGGCAAAGAUAACAAAGCCAUCAUUGCUUCAAAUAUCAUGUACAUUGUAGGACAGUACCCAAGAUUCCUUCGUAUACAUUGGCGCUUCCUCAAGACUGUCAUCAACAAACUAUUUGAGUUCAUGCAUGAAACUCAUGAUGGUGUACAAGACAUGGCUUGUGAUACAUUUAUCAAGAUUGCACAAAAAUGCAGGCGUCAGUUUGUGCAAAUGCAAGUUGGGGAAGCUAUGCCGUUCAUUGAGGAAAUCUUAUCUUCCAUUAAUUCUAUUAUAUGUGACCUACAGCCUCAGCAGGUGCACACAUUCUAUGAAGCAGUGGGUUACAUGAUCAGUGCCCAAACCGACCAGGUUGUUCAAGAACACCUGAUUGAAAAAUAUAUGAUGCUACCAAACCAAGUCUGGGAUGAAAUCAUAAAUCAGGCAUCUAGGAAUGUGGACAUCUUGAAGGAUUCAGAUGUUGUUAAACAGUUGGCAAACAUUUUGAAGACCAAUGUUAGGGCGUGUAAAGCUCUUGGACAUCCAUUUGUAACACAGCUUGGGAGAAUCUAUUUGGACAUGCUGAAUGUGUACAAGGUCAUGAGUGAAAACAUUAGUGCAGCUAUUGCCCUCAAUGGGGAAGGAGUCACAAAACAGCCCCUCAUUAAGUCCAUGCGGGUUGUGAAGAAGGAGACCCUGAAGCUCAUUUCUGGCUGGGUGUCCCGGUCUGAGGAUCACACACUGGUGUUGGAUAACUUCAUUCCCCCGCUGCUGGAGGCUGUUCUCCUCGAUUACCAGCGAACGGGAGUGCCAUCUGCUCGAGAACCUGAAGUUUUAUCAACUAUGGCUACAAUAGUCAAUAAAUUAGAGUCACACAUCACACUCCAAGUUCCUCAGAUAUUUGAUGCCGUCUUUGAGUGUACAUUGUCAAUGAUCAACAAAGAUUUUGAGGAGUUCCCCGAGCACAGAACAAACUUCUUCCUUCUCUUACAGGCAGUAAAUACGCAUUGCUUCACUGCACUCCUCAACAUACCCCCAGCACAGUUCAAACUAGUGUUGGACUCCAUAAUAUGGGCAUUCAAACACACAAUGAGAAAUGUUGCCGACACAGGCUUACAAAUUCUUUACCAACUGCUGCAGAACAUUUCGACCCACGAACGGGCGGCAAGCAGUUUCUACCAGACUUAUUAUACAGAUAUUUUGCAGCAUAUUUUCUCAGUUGUCACAGAUUCUUCUCACACAGCCGGGCUCACUAUGCAUGCAUCAAUCUUAGCCUACAUGUUCACCCUGGUUGAACAAAAUCGCAUCACUAUAAGUUUGGACCAAGCAAACCCCACAGCCCCCAGCACCAACAAUGUAACGUACGUGCAGGGCUUUGUAGCCAACCUCCUGAAGGCGGCCUUCCCUCACCUCACGGAGAAUCAAAUCAAGAUUACUGUGCAAGGGAUGAAUGACCUGAAUCAAGAUGUUCCUGCAUUUAAGGAGCAUCUGAGAGAUUUCCUUGUACAGAUCAGAGAGGUAACCGGUGAUGAUGACAGUGAUCUGUACCUCGAGGAGAGAGAAGCAGCUCUACGGCAAGCACAGGAGGAGAAGCGCCGUGUGCAAAUGAAUGUGCCUGGCAUCUUGAAUCCCCAUGAGAUCCCUGAAGAGAUGCAAGAUUAAAAACCAUAGUAAGAGACAGCUCACAAUCAUCACUGUCCAUUUAUAUAUCAAGCGACUAUGUGAGACUUCAUAAAGUUGACUUCGCUGUA